AUGGCUGCCCUGUGGACUCUCUCUCCGCUGCUCUCCGCCGGCCUGUUUUGGCCUGCGUGUUUGGCCCUGACGAACCUGCCCCCCUCGCAGGGCUUCAACAGCAGCGAUGGCAGCCUGUCCGUGGAUCUGCCCAUGGCUCUCAGGGUUUUCAGCGUGGACUAUCACCACGUGCAGGCUCCCUUUGAGAUCGUGCUGUGGAUCAUGCUGGCCUCACUGGCCAAGCUGGGUUUCCACUGGUCGGGUCGCCUCCCAGCAGUGGUGCCAGAGAGCUGUCUCCUCAUCAUGGUGGGCCUCCUGGUCGGAGGGGUGAUCUAUGGCGUUCGCCACUCUGCUCCCCCGACUCUCAGCGCUGACGCUUUCUUCCUCUUUCUGCUCCCGCCCAUCGUCUUAGACGCAGGAUACUUCCUGCCAGGGAGGCUGUUCUUUGAGAACCUCGGCACCAUCCUCUGGUACGCGGUGCUGGGAACCCUGUGGAACGUGUUGGGCAUCGGCCUGUCUCUGUACGCCGUGUGUUUGCUGGCCCCGAGCUCUCUGGGAGACAUCUCUCUGCUCCACUGCCUGCUGUUCGGCUCUCUGAUCGCUGCCGUCGACCCCGUGGCCGUGCUCUCCGUCUUCCAGGAGAUGCACGUGAACGAGCAGCUUCACAUCCUGGUGUUUGGAGAGUCGCUGCUCAACGACGCCGUUACUGUGGUGCUCUACAGGCUGUUUGAGUCCUUCCUCCGCCUGCCGUCAGUGUCGGGGCUGGAUGUGUUGCUGGGAGGGUGCAGGGUUUUGGUGGUGGGCCUCGGGGGCCUGUUUGUAGGCCUCUUCUUCGGCCUGGUGGCGGCCCUCACCUCACGGUUCACCUCCAGAGCCCAAGUCAUUGCCCCGCUCUUUGUCUUCCUCUACUCCUACUUGUCCUACCUGACCUCAGAGAUGCUUCACCUCUCCGGUAUCGUGGCCAUUGUGACCUGUGCUGUGACCAUGAAGCAGUAUGUGGAGGCUAAUGUGUCCGAGCGCAGCAACACCAGCAUCCAGUACUUCCUGAAGAUGUGGAGCAGCGUGAGUGAAACCCUCAUCUUCAUCUUUCUGGGCGUGUCCACAAUACAGGAUGUCCACAUGUGGAGCUGGCCCUUCGUCUGCUCCACACUGCUGCUCUGCCUCGUCUGGAGGGCCACAGGUGUUCUCCUGCUGACUGCUGUGGUGAACACGCUCCGGAGGAACACCGUGACCUUUCGAGAUCAGUUCAUUAUUGCCUACGGAGGCAUGAGAGGGGCAAUCUGCUUUUCCCUCGUCUUCCUGAUUGACGACUUCCCGAAGAAAAGACUCUUCAUCACAACCACCAUCGUGGUCAUCCUCUUCACUGUCUUCGUACAGGGGAUGACUAUUAAGCCUCUAGUAGAGCUGCUGGAUGUGGAGAGGAAGAAGAGAGCUUUGCCUUCUGUCAGCGAGGAGAUCCACAGCAGGCUCAUUGAUCACCUGCUGGCAGGCAUAGAGGACGUGGUCGGCUACUGGGGGCAGCACUACUGGAAAGACAAGUUUGAGCAGUUCAACAGGAAGUACCUUCGGCGUUUCCUGAUCCGUGAGGACCACCAGGCUCACUCCAGCAUCCUCAGAGUUCACCAGGAGCUGGAGAGAAGGGAGCAGAGGGGAGACGAGGAGGCACCCCCACUAGUGGACCCUCGCUCCCCCAGCCGUCCCCUCUUACCAGAGGAGAUGGACAGCAUCAGGCGUAUUCUCUCCAGAAACCUACAAAGCUUCAACAACAAGCAGACACCAGCUUACAGCAGACACACUUUGCACCAGGACGCCACCACGGGCAGAACAAGGAAGCCUCUUCACAGGCACCAGAGUCUGGGAGAGAGGAGCACAAAUAAUACACAGGGGGAGGAUGGAGAGUUCAACGGCUCACGCAGAGUGAGAGCAGGACUCAGCAGGUGUCACACAGUGUGCUCCAUGAGCCCGAGGCCUGUCCCCCUGGACUCAUCGGUCCCAGCGCCUUCAGCUCAGACCAGAAGACCAGUGGAUCCACAAUCUCCCGCUGCCAGAGAGGAGCACAUCUCUCCGCAACAUCAAGAAGCCCCUGCGGGUAGAACGGCAAAGAAACAACUCAGCUUUGUUCUGGAAAGCGAGAAGCAGCAAUGA